AUAAAACAUGUUGUGAGCGGUUCUUACCAAGUAUUUCAAGUUAUAGCCCUUUAGAACUGCUUUCUUAAAAAAUCGUGACCGCAUAAUAAAUAUCGUUUCAUAUAGUUCUUUUAGAUCUGUAUGUUGUGGCGAGCAGAUCAUGAAACAACCACCAAACGAUGAAGAACUAUGAGAUAUCGCGAGAGUUGGAUCCGCGGGCGCGCGGGCGGGAGAGAAUUCUGGAAAAAAAGUAGUUGGUGCCAGUGGAGGAGGAAGGAUGAAGGGCAAUUUGGGAAGUGGGGGACGGGACUCGUAUAACAUAUACAGCUCAACAAUGGAGGGCUGCGUUAACAUAGGUUUCCAGCAUCCGUAGUAUUUUGCUUUUAGACUUUCUCAUGUGAGGCAUGGUCGUGGAGGGCCUUACUGUCCUAAACUGUAUGGGUUUUGAAAGACGCCACGGAUUACAGUCCAUCUUUAUAGGUUCGAGUAUGGUGUUCAAGCCCAUUAAAUGAAAUUUAGAAAACCAAAAUGAUCUCUGCAAGAAUUGAAACUUGGUUGGAAGCAACAUGGCAUCUCAAAGUUCCUUCACAUUGGCUUCAGGCCUGUGUAGAGUGGAUUCAACAGGAGAACCAAGGUGUUACUCUAACACAGGCCCAAAUCAACAAACAAGUUUUUGAGCAAUGGCUUCUUACUGACCUCCGAGAUCUGGAGUAUCCAAUUUUGCCAGAAGGAAUCUCUGCAAUGCAGAAAUGCGAUCUCAAUGGAUUUUACUGCUUGCAGAUUGAUUCACUAAUUGAUGUCAGCCAAGCUGCAUACAGCCAGCUACAAAAAAUCAGGGGAAAGGACACUUCUAAUGAACAAGUGACAUCAACACAAAUAUCGCAAAGAUCUUGGGAAGCAAAACCAACCCGAAUGUUGAUGCUGCAAUUAACAGAUGGAGUCCAGGAACUUCAAGGUAUGGAAUAUAAGCCUAUUCCUGCUUUGCAUAGCAGCCUUUCACCAGGCACAAAAAUCUUGUUGCUGGGUAAUAUUGCCUGCCGAUUAGGAGUUCUGCUUAUUAAACCUGAAAAUGUAAGGCUGAUGGGAGGUGAAGUGGAAUCUCUUAUGGAAGAAAACUCCCAAGAGAGACUACUUGCAAGGUUAAUUGGAGAACCAUAUGAUACUGCUGUAACCAGAGUGAAUAAUAAUCAAAAUACAACUGAAAGGACUAAUGGGAUGCCUCAGCUCUUGGAACCUUCGGAUGAUGAGCUUUUGGCUGGUUUUGAUGAAAAUGAUCUGCUUUUGGAGUCCAGAAUUAAUUCUGAAAGUGGAUAUUGUAGUAGAACUGGCACUUUAAGUUGUGUUUCCAAUUGCACACAGCCUUUAAGCAGCAGAUGGCAAAGUAUGGACUCUCAGACUCCAGAAAUGUCCACAGGAUUUCAAAGAGAAGAUAGCGAAUUAAUAGAUUGUAAUGAUGAAGACUUUGAUGAGUUUCCCAUGGAUGAAGUUGAUGAUUUGCUCAUCCAGGGUGAAUUGAAUGCAGAAACUGAGCAUGAUAGAACAAUGAGCCAAUUCCCAGAAUUUCUCAAAUCCUUAGAGCAGCCACAGAGAAAUAACAUUAAGCAUGCUGCAGAAGCAGCAGAUAGCAGACCCAGUACAUGCCAUAAGCAAAGUGUAUUAGCUGCUGAUAAUACUUCUGGCUGUCAAAUAAAAAACCAAGCUAAUCUUCUUAAAAGUGGCAUUUAUACUGAAAAUGCAAGGCCGGAUUCUAUGCUAAAUGAUCACGAUUCCAUGAAAAAGACAGGCAUUACUCCUGUGGAAGGAAUAAAUAAUACAAGUGUUCUCACCACGGAACUGAGAAAGGAACAGCUUAAUUCAUUAAUGCUGUAUGAGUCCUUUGACAGUAGGCCAAAGAACGACUCUGUACCUGAAAAUCUGUGCACCCUGUCUGAAGUAAUUUCAGGUUCUUCUGGCACUGGAGGCAAUUUUCAGAAUGGUGCAGGAAUAAGCAAUAUGAAUGGAAGAAAGUUCAACGAUCAGUUUGUGGGAUUGAAUUCUCUACCGUUUACAUACCUAAAUAUUCUUUUAGAUAAGAAACCUGAUGUAAUAACUGUGGUACAAAUCAAAGCGUUCAUUGUUACCUUACUGGACAAACUCACAAGUAAUGGUGGACUGUGGAGUAUUAAAGCUAGAAUAUCAGAUGGUACUGCCUACAUGGAUGUAGAACUUAUUGAUAACAUUUUGAAAAGCUUGAUUGGUUUUUCGGUGGCUGAAAUGAGAAACUCAAUAAAAUGUCCUAAUCAACAGCAGAAGAUAACCGUGGGGUUACAAAAAUGCCAACAGGAGUUGGUGGACCUCUGUUGUCUAAUGACUAUUGAAUUUAACCCAACCGUAACUACUGCUAGAGUUUUGGCAUUCCGUGAAGUAACUCUAGAAGACCUGCAGCAUUUAGAAUACCGGGUACGUUCAGAAAGAAUGUUGACUAAAUAAUUAAACAACUGGAGUUUGAGAUUUAUUUUCCGUGUGCUAUUGCAUUACAGAUUUGGAGGAUUAUUUUAAUCAAAUUAAAAUACAUGUGUUUAAUUUGUGAAAUUUGACUUCUGAAAAAUAAACAGUUUUUAAAA